AUGGAGAAGAUCACUGCUUCCGAUCAGAUCAACCCCGCCGAGAUCGGGGAUGCUGAAAAGGCGGGUGUUCAAAGGACGGUUGAACAUGAUCAAGCCAGCAUUUCUGAUAAAGACUCUGCCGAGUUCCAGGGGGAGUCAGGCGUACUGUACCUUGUGUCAUUUGUAGACGCUCUCCUGGUCUCGGUACAAGGAGCCCUCAAUCCAUACAUCACUUCAGCGUUCGGAAAACAUGGUCUCCUCACUGUCGUGAGCGUGGUCUCCACCAUUCUCGGUGGCUCCUCGAGAUUGACCUUGGCAAAGAUCAUUGACAUCUGGGGUCGAGUCGAGGGAUUUCUCUUCAUGCUGUUGAUUAUGGUCGUUGGCCUUAUCAUGAAGGCAACAUGCACCAGCAUUGAGAUGUAUACGGCUGCCCACACGCUCUAUUGGGUCGGUCACAUUGGACUGGGGUAUGUGGUGGAGAUCAUGUUGGCAGACAUGACUUCUCUGAAGAACCGUAUGAUUAUGCUGGGGGUCAACGGUACUCCUGGUAUCUGCAGCACAUUUGCCGGACCCAAGAUUGCCGCGCUGUUCUAUGCAAACCUCAAUUUCCGCUGGGCGUUUGGAGCAUUCGCUAUCAUGCUUGUCGGCGUUUGUAUCCCAGUGUGUGUAGUGAUGCUGCUCAUGCAACGCAAGGCUGAAAGGGCGGGCCUUCUCACGAAAGAGAGGUCUGGAAGAUCAUGGUGGCAGUCGAUUGCCCACUACUUCAUGGAGUUUGAUGUCAUUGGAAUCAUUCUCGUCACGGCAGCAUUCGCGCUCAUCUUGAUCCCGUUCAACAUCGCCUCAUACGCACCAAAGGGAUGGGCCUCGGGCUAUAUCAUUGCAAUGGAAGUAUUGGGAGUGUUCUGCAUCCCAGCAUUCUACAUUUGGGAGCGAUACUAUUCACCAGUGCAAUUUUUGCCCUGGAAAUAUCUCAAGGAGCCGACCAUCAUCGGCUCAUGCUUGUUAUACGGCGUGAUGUUCCUGUCCACCUUCUGUUGGAACAGCUACUUCAGCUCAUAUCUGCAGGUCGUGCACCGACUGGAUAUCGUCACCGCCAACUACGUCCUCAACACGUUCUCCCUCACUUCUUUCAUUUUCAGUCCGAUAUUCGGCGUUCUGAUUCGCGUCACUGGUGAAUACAAAUGGACCGUCAUGUCCGGAAUUCCAAUCUUCCUCCUCGGCUCCGCACUCCUCAUUCCCUUCCGCGAACCUUCCACCCACGUCGGAAUCCUCACGAUGACCCAAAUUCUUGUCGGACUCGGUACAUGUCUCUUCAACGUCUGUGGAACACUGGCAGUUAUGGCGGUAGUGACGCACCAAGAGGUCGCAGUCGUGCUAGCGAUCUAUGGGCUGUUCGGUUCGAUUGGUGCGGCCGUGGGAUCGGCCAUUGCAGGUGGUAUGUGGAAUAACAUCACUCAGAGCCAGAUGUACGCAAGACUCCCAGAGGACAGCAAGCACCUUGCUGCUAGUAUCUUUGGGAAUAUCGAGGCACAGAUGAAACAUGCGGAUGGGAGUGCGGAAAGGGAUGCCAUUGUUGGAGCCUAUGGGAAUGUUCAACGGAAGAUGGUUAUCGUUGGUGUCUGCUUUGUGCCAUUGUGCGUUGCUUGCACUUGGUUCUGGAGAUCUGUCAACGUUAAAAAGCUGUACAAGGAGCAGACUGCGGGUAAUGUGUGGUAG